UUCUCUCAAUUAAACGCUGCUCAAUUAUUUUUAAUUUUAUUUUUCUCUGUUCAUAUUUCACAAAAAAAUUGAUUUGUUGUUUUUUGUUUCACAAAUCUGAUUAUAUUUUUAACACACAUUAAUCUUCAUCUUUCCUAUUCAUUGAUAUAGAUUUCAACUCAAAUUGUUGAAUUUCAUUUGAGAUUUUUUACGAGAUUUUUCAAUUUUUUCAUCUCAAUUCUUUGGUAUCAUUCAAGAUUGUUUUUGCUCUUAUUUACAAUUUGAAAGUAGAAUAUUUUUUUGUGGUUGAUUGAUGUAGUUUGAGGGUGAAUUGAUGAUUUUUGUUUUGAGGGUUUCUGUAACACCUAGGCCCAACGGACGACUGGUGACUACUCAUGGAGACUGUAGACUGGCCUUAUAAACCAACACAAGUCUUUUCAGCGUGCUUUGACCUCACUCGUGCGCGCGGAAAAACUUCUCAGGAGGUUACCCAUUCUAAGAUUACUCCCCACCAAACACGCUUAACUGUAAAGUUCUUAGCAAAUGGGAUCCAUGAAAAGAAGAUGCACCUUGUUGAUAUGUGCAGUCUAUCAAUCUUUUUUAAGCUUAAUCUGGGGUAUCACAGUUUUUUCACAAGAAUUGGAGUUUUGGUUUUGGGGUUUGAAACAGAAAGCUGUACAACAAUGAAGACACACCCUCAUCCUCUCUUCUAUACUAAUGUCAUCUCUUUCCGUUCGAUCUUUCUACUUCUCUCCAUGGUAGCCUUAUUUUGACACGUGUAUAAGCUUUUGAAGAAUUGAAGUUGGAAUAAUCUAUGCCUGGACAAGCCAAAGAACAAGAAAAAUGGAGACUCUUAUGGAUGCAGGAUGCCUUAACAAAUAGCAACACCAAAUCAACAUGAAAAAUGGGAGAUUCUGAUUUGUCCUUGGAGGACACUAUUUUGCUGCCAUAUGUAAUAGUCCUAUUUUUAAACCUCUUUUAAUCUUAGCUUAAAUAGUCUUGAGUAUGGAUUAGUGCUAGUAACUUAUCUAGUUAUUUAUCCUUAAGUGCCAAACAUAAUGACAGUUUAAUUUAUAAAACUUUUAAGUUUGAAUAAACUAAGUCUUGUUUGGUUAAAUGUUAUUAUUAUAUUAAAAAUAAAGAUUUCAAUGUACUUAAUUUUAAAAAAGUUAAUUUGAUUUACUAUAA